GCUCUUUCGUUCCAUUCUCAAAUCGUCAGUCCCAUUCUCCCCGAGAUUUCCCCUUGUCGUUUUUCCCCCGGCCGUGUAGUGUGUGUCGUGUGGCUUCCCCGGGUGGCUUUCACCAGUCAUUGGCUUACCCUUCCGCUCACUCGCUCGCUCGCUUUCUCGGGUCAAGACUCCAUCCAUCCAGCUGGGCUCAAGGGGGUUGUGGUGAGGAAGUGCCAGAGUGUGGCUGGCCUCCUGCUUGCUUGGCUGGCUGGCUGGCGGGUUGGCGGGCUGGGUCGUGGUGGAACUCCAAUUGCGUGCCGGAUUGGAUGGCAGUGGUCUCGUUCCACACGCUAGCCCCAAACACACACUGACAGACAGACAUACAUACACACACACACACACUGGCAGGCAUCCCUCCAUUCUCAGUCAGCUACCCUCCUCAAGUUUCACCGAUUCCAGAGGGCGGGUGUGCCAGCCACCCAUUCCGCACGCACUUGGUCGAGGGAUCACCCGCACCGAGGCCACGCUAUUGAGCCGUGCUCACGGCCGGUCGAGUUAGAAGCCGUGGGUGGCGGCAUUCCUCGUCACUAGGUUGCAGGGGGGCCCGCCCCUUGACUUUAUAAAGAGGAGUCAUCAACCGAUCGCUGUCUUUUGUCACGCUCAUUGGCACACCUAACGGGCUGGCCAGAUUGGAAAGGAGCCGGCCUGAACCCCUGAGAGAUCGGAUCCGAUUGGGUCUUGAUCGAUCCCGUGGCCAAAUCGUCCCCCGGAAUCGUCCGGCCGGAAGAUGGGUUCGGGUCCCGAGGAGAGCCAGUAUGUGGUGGCCAAAUACGACUACACGGCCCAAGGCAACCAGGAGUUGGACAUGCGUCGCAAUGAGCGUCUGCUGCUCUUGGAUGACUCCAAGCACUGGUGGCGGGUCCAGAACAGUCGCCAAGACACGGGCUACAUCCCUUCCAAUUAUGUCAGAAAGGAGAAGCCUUCCAUCUUCGAUAGCAUUAAAAAGAAGGUCAAAGGCGGCGGCGGUCACCACGGCGCCCCCAACAAUUGCAAGACUUUGCCCAUGAAUGCGGGCAGUCCGCUCUCUACCCAUCAGUCGAAUCAGAAUCGGAACGCCUCACUCCGUAUGACCAAACUCACCCCGGACCUGGCGUCCGAGGUGAUCUCGUCGGCCGUGGUCAAAUACAACUAUCAAGCUCAGCAGUUAGACGAACUCAGUCUAGUCAAAGGCUCUCGCGUGCUCAUCCUGGAGAAAUCGGGUGAUGGGUGGUGGCGAGGCCAAGCUGGUAACAAGUGUGGCUGGUUUCCCUCGAAUUACACCCAAGAGGAGCUCGAGGAGCCUCACACUUAUUGUAUGGCGGAAAAUGUACUCGACAUUAUGGUGGCUUUAUACGCCUUCCAAGCUCAAAACGACACCGAGCUCACGUUUGACAAAGGCGAUCGGCUCGAAGUGAUCGAUCGACCGGCUUGCGAUCCGGAUUGGUAUAAAGCCCGUAACACCCAGGGUCAAAUUGGACUUGUACCCAAAAACUACUUGGUCGAGCUCAGCCAGUACCUCACAUCUGAAGUGGAGGGGGGGAACGGUGGUGGGAACUCGACCAACGGGGCCAGUCAUGUCACCGAAAAACGCGGCCUGACCCAGCAUCCGGCCAUUUUGGACACCAUCAAGCAACAGCCAUGGUACUACGGACCCAUAUGUCGAGCCGAGUGUGAUACGCUGCUCACGCAGAAAGGCAUGGAUGGUGAUUUUCUUAUCCGAGAUUCCGAAACUAACGUUGGUGAUUUCUCUGUAUCUUUAAAAGCUCCAGGACGGAACAAGCACUUUCGAAUCCACGUAGAAAACACAAUGUACUGCAUCGGGCAGCGCAAGUUCACGUCUCUCAAUCAAUUGGUGGACCACUAUCAGAGGGCUCCCAUUUACACUAGUCAAAAGGGCGAGAAACUCUUUCUCAUCAGGCCUCUGCCCAAAUGAACAAGACUGUGACUCGACAGACAUGCUUCACUGCGGCCUAUUCAUAACAGAAUCGUGCGAGCCCGCCCUUCACUGCGACCUAUUCAUAACAGAAUCGUGCGAGCCCGCCCAACCAAACUGUCCCAUCUUCAUUUCCGCCCUGUUUUAGAACUCGAGGCGGCGUUAAUCCUGAUGGCCGGUAUGAGGUUCCAGAUUCAUUCGCACAUGAAUUUAAUCACAAUGCUACGCGGAAAUGCAAGAAGAAACGACUUGUGUACAUUGAAAGUUUUUCACAUAUUUGGUCAAUGGUCAGUAGCUAUGCGCGAACCCUGAUCCCACGAAUUAAUUCCCCUUUUCUAUGGAUUUUGAUUGCAGCAUGCAUUAUGAUUCCCUUGUUUCGUUACCAGAGAGUCCUGUAACAAGGUCUUUCCGUUUUUCCAUCUGAAUCCCUCAAAUGAAAACAAACCUCUCAGCCCUUUUAAAGCAAGUAAGACAGACGAGCCCCCCUGUUUCUCUUCCAUCUCUGCCACUGUCUCUAAUCAUGCAUUGCAAAAAAGACAAUAAUAAUAUUGGUAAGAUUCAUUGUAAUAGGCGUGAGCUAGAUGCCCUGUUUUAGAGGGACCCUCUCCUCUAUCCCAUUCGUGCAAUUUUUUUGCUCCAACCAUGCGUUCAAAGGCAUUCAAGUUCUUUAAGCUCUUAAUAUAACGAACAAUGGAUGAACAAACCAGACUUUAAAGUCGAGUGUUUCCAUUGGUUCACGCCCCAAAUUAUUGUCUUUAGUACUUGCUUUUGAUACUAAUAAAGCAGCUUCAUCAAGA